AUGUUAGUAUUCGGUUAUAUUCAAUCAGGCAAUAUCGAUCUUGCAGAACAAUAUUGUUAUCAAACACUUAAUUAUUCAUUGCCAGAAAGUAUGAGUGAAGUAAUUCCUAAUCUUUUAGAUGUCAUACCUUAUCUAAGAACUAUUGUUACAAGCAUUGGUACAGAUUUUACUCGUGAAUUUAUUUGUAAAAGUAUAUUAAUUGGUCAACAUAUUCUUUCAAAUACGUUUCCUAAUUUGAAUCAACAUCCAACAUUGAUUAAUGAGCAAAUUUGUUCACAUGAUCAAUUAAUUGCCUAUGCUGAUUAUUAUCGUCAUCAAAGAUAA